UGUAAUUGUCCAUACUGUCAAGAAAAUGAACGUUUGGCUGCUACUGGCCAGCCUGUACCCCGACGUAAAGCGCAACAUAUUUGUCAUAUUGCUGACUGUGGUAAAGUAUAUACUAAAACAUCACAUUUAAAGGCACACUUGCGUUGGCAUAGCGGUGAAAGACCUUUCGUCUGCAAUUGGCUCUUUUGUGGUAAGCGAUUUACUCGAUCAGAUGAAUUACAACGCCAUCUAAGAACACAUACAGGGGAGAAACGAUUUGUUUGCAAAGUCUGCAGCAAACGCUUUAUGAGAAGCGAUCAUUUAUCCAAGCAUAUGAAAACACAUAAUAAUCCUAAAAGAGGCAAUGCUGCU